AUUGAGUCUGCUCCAGUGACUUCCCUGCACAGUUAUCCCCUCUCUGCUCAUGCCAUAUUCCAGACACUGAAACAUAUUUAUACCAAUCUGAGAGCAUGAAGUCAUUCUGAAGAUACAGCUAUAUCCUUGAGAAGAAAAAUAAUUCAGGAUGAAGACUACACAGUUGCAAAACAGACAUCUUGAGCAGAUUGAUACAGAUGAUAGAACAUUACUUGUGGAAGAGGAUGAAACCGACAGGAAACUUACUGCCAAUGUGUGCUGGGCAGGGUUUAACUUGAUAAAUGCCAUCCUAGGUACAGGAAUGAUUGGAUUACCAUACUCUAUGAAAUUGGCUGGAUUGCCAUUGGGACUAUUGCUUUUGGUGGGAGUCGCGUAUGUCACAGAUUACUCUAUGAUAUUGCUUAUUAAGGCAGGAGCAAUGUCUGGCACCAGCACUUAUCAGUCUCUUGUCAGCAGGACGUUUGGAGUUCCUGGAUAUCUGACUGUAUCAGCUCUACAGUUGUUAUAUCCUUUUGCUGCGAUGGUCAGCUACAACAUCAUAACAGGAGACAUUUUGCCAAAAAUAUUUCAAAGAAUUCCAGGAGUUACUCAAGAAAGUAUACUUGCUGACCGACGCUUUGCUAUCUUGAGCACAACAAUCCUGAUUACUCUUCCAAUUGCACUAUACCGGAAUAUGGAAAGGUUAGGAAAGGUAUCUUUGAUGUCCCUGAUUUUAACUGUAAUCGUCAUGUUCAUGGUAAUUAUUCGAGCAUCAUCUCUCACUUGGUCAAUACCCCAUACUGAAGAUGCAUGGGUUUUUGCAAACUGGAAUGUAAUGCAAGCAGUUGGAGUCAUGUCUUUUGUAUUUAUGUGCCACCAUGCCUGUUUUUUGAUCUAUGGAUCUCUGGAAAAAGCGACAGUCAGUAAUUGGUCCGGUAUUACUCAUGUGUCAAUGAUAAUAUCCUUAAUUAUCAGUGUCCAGUAUUCAGUCUUUGGAUAUGUGUCUUUUACAGGAUUCACCCAAGGGGACCUGUUUGAAAAUUAUUGCAAGGAUGAUAAUCUGGUCACUAUUGGAAGGUUUUGCUAUGCAAUAACGAUAAUCCUGAUUUACCCUAUGGAAUGUUUUGUUGCUAGAGAGGUGAUUUCAAAUGUGUUCUUUGGUGGAACCCUUUCUACCAUUGUCCAUUUUGCAGUGACCCUGUUAGUUGUGACUCUUACCACAAUUAUAUCUUUACUCUUCAACUGCCUGGGGAUUGUGCUGGAACUUAAUGGUGUUCUGAGCGCGACUCCUCUCGUCUUCAUCAUCCCUACUGCGUGCUAUAUAAAAUUGUCAGCGGAUCACUGGUACCAUGCCAACAAUACAUUGCCCUGCUUUAUCCUUCUCCUCGGUGUAAUAAUAAUGCCAGUAGGGUUUGUCAUGGCCAUCUUAUAUCCACAGGAAUGUAGUCACGGCAGUGAGAUGUUUUACUGUUUUGCAAAUGUUACAUUUUUCGAUAUUCCCUCAAACAGAACAUAUCAAAGCAAUGCAUCUGAAAUAAAAAUAAAAUAAUUGCUUGACAAAA